AUGCCGCAUAUCGUCCUUCUCGGCACGCUGGAUACCAAGCACUCUGAAACUCUCUAUCUGCACGACCAACUCCACCAAACCGCCCUCCGCCUGUCCCAGCCUAUACAAAUCACCGUCAUCGACUGCGGCUGUCGUCCAACCACCGACGACGCAAUCACAAUAACCCAGCCCGAGCUGAUAUCCAAAUACGCGCCCAUAACGCCAAAGAAUGAGCCAUGGGAACUGCCCAGGGGGGAGGCAAUCAAGUUCCUAUCCGACUGCGCGACUCGCGCUGUCGCCGAGCUGCUAUCCACAACAGAAAUCCACGGCAUCGUCGGCACAGGCGGUAGUGGAGGGACGAGUCUGAUUUCGUCAGUCAUGCGAGAUGCAGCACCAAUUGGUCUGCCCAAAUUAAUCGUCAGCACGGUUGCAUCGGGCAAUACAGGCCCUGUUGUCGGUGAAUGCGAUAUCACGCUCAUGUACUCGGUCGUGGACAUUGCGGGGUCGAACCGGCUUCUUCGCGAUGUCCUGGAAAAUGCCGCCGGGUCGAUCUUUGGUAUGGCCUCUGCGUACCAGCACCGUCUGGUCCAGCGUCGGCAGGAAGAUACCCAGCUGCAGGGGGGUAAGAGGAAGACGCGCAUCGGGAUCACCAUGUUCGGUGUAACGACGCCCUGUGUUGAUCAGAUCCGGUCUCAUCUUGAGAGCAAGUACCCGGACGCAGUAGAAAUAUACGUCUUUCACGCAACUGGACACGGCGGGAAAGCCAUGGAGCGGCUGGUCGAGGAGGGACAGCUCGAUGCGAUUCUCGACAUCACGACGACGGAAAUCUGCGAUCUCAUUGCAGGCGGGGAGAUGAGCUGUGAAGAGGAUAGGUUGGAGACGGGCCUACGCCUGGGAAUCCCUAAUAUCAUAUCUGUCGGCGCUACGGAUAUGGUUAACUUCGGACCGAUGGGUACGGUUCCGCCAAAAUAUAAGGAGAGGAGGCUUUUUGUCCAUAACCCGAGUGUGACGCUGAUGAGGACGAAUUCGGAGGAGGGUAGCAAGAUUGCGUCGUUUAUUGCUGAUAAGGUCAAGCGGUUUGCAAGUGAUCCCGAGAUGGUGGAGGUUUGGGUUCCUCGGGCAGGCGUUAGUAGUAUCUCGACCAAGGGGAAGGUGUUUGAGGAUGGGUACGCUGAUGAGAUCCUCUUUGGGGCUUUGGUCGCUGGGUUGGAUAAGACGGAGGUAGACGUUGUGAUGGAUACAAGGGAUGUUAAUGAUACAGGGUUUGCAGUUGAUAUUGCGGAUCGAUUGAUGGAGUUGGUUGAGAAGCACGCUCAAAAGACAAGUUAG